UUGUUUUGCUCUAUGACAAAAUAUCAAUUUAGUACAAUCAAGGUCUGGUUAAUUUUAUAUCAAAUAGGGUAUAUAUUGAUUUAAAAUGAAAUCAAUUUUACUCUAUCUUUUCUCAUGCGCUGCAGUUUGUAAGAAUACAAUUAUCAGAUCACGUGCGGGAGAUUUUUCGUUACCCGUCUUGUGCUUCACUAAAUCGUGGUUUAUCGCCUAUCAGACCAACUUACACAUAACUGAGCACGUUCAACAACUUCCCAACGCCUGAUGCUAAACGGGUUUCGACUUCACAUCAUACGCUGCGCCUAUCAAUUUGAUCGCUUGCUAAAUAAUCAAUUGCAAUUAUGAGCAACGAAAUUGCGUCGCUCGAGGCGGAAAUUAAGGAGUACAAGCUACAGUUGGAAACUGUUCAGACAGGGCUGCAAGCUGACCCUGACAAUGCGGAGCUUCGAAAUCUAGCAGCUGAGCUGAAAGAAGUCAUCUCCCUCACCGAGACCGCCAUAGCAGAACUAAAACCAGCCUCAGCACCGGCACCCAAGAACCCGUCUCCUCCGCCCGUGAAAGAGAAAUGGUCUCGAGAGAAUCAUCCGGCAUUUCAAAGCGAGUAUCGUAAACCAGUUUCCCUGAAAAGCCCGGCCGAUGAAGCACCUGUAAUAUUCUCUGUCAAUGACACUGUCAUGGCGAAGUGGGUGUCAGGAGAUAAUGCUUUCUAUCCUGCUAGGAUCACGUCAAUUACCGGGUCAUCGACGGCGCCAAUAUAUUAUGUGACCUUCAAGUCCUAUUCUACGACAGAAGCUCUUUCCGCCAGGGAUAUCAGGCCCAUGCAGAAUGAUUCUCGGAAGCGUAAAGCUGACGACUCGCCAGCGUCGACACCCACUACAGGUAGCACGAGCGUCAUCUCAGCGGCGGCUAACAUCGAUCCUGACCUUGCGAACAAGGUCAGAACGGAACCUAGCAAAGUGGGCGAUGGCCCGUCGAGACCUCCCAAGGUCCCGAAGAAGAUCAAGGCCACAAGAGAACUGGAGGCUGGCAAGAAUAAGUGGCAAGAUUUCGCCAACAAGUCCAAGUUGGGCAAGGGCGCCAAGAAGGACAGCAUGUUCAGGACCCCGGAUGGUGUUAAUGCACGAGUCGGUUUCACCGGGUCUGGUCAGGCUAUGCGCAAGGACCCGCAGCGCAGUCGCCACAUCUAUCAGCAACUGGGCGAGGAUGAAGGAUGAUGGGUGAAACUGGAAAGGCGCAUUUUAUCGAGAAAACCCUCGACCUGAAUAUGCUUUUUGCUUUUUGCAAUUCCCCGCUGACUCAUACUGUCGAGACAGUCAAUUUGCUACAGGAGCCCGGCGUAUGAUUUGGCAUCGUUGUGCAUUACUGGGUAUUCGGAUAUUUUUUUUUUCCAACAGGAAGUGGUUUGCCUGCGUCUUGAACCAUGUCUGACUGUUCACGUGCUAAGCCAGAGGUUCAUAGGUCUGACAUUUCCAUGGGCGGAUUCACCGGCUCUGAGCAGGAAGAUUGUUCACGAUAUACAGCACAGGCGAGCUUAUUACCCCUCUCAUAAUUUUGAUAGGCACUUGCUAAGCGCUUUUCUGUGAUUACUUCGCCAAAUUUUGGAGUAAACUGCUCGUAGAUAUCAUCAAAUACAUGUCUUAGUAACAAUUGAUGUUUGUAAUGCAUAAAUUCUACAUGAAGAUUGAAUGGCAAAU